UCCGGCGGGCGCGGGAUGCUGCGGGCGGCGCUGAGCGCGGCGCGGCGGGCGGCCCGGACCCCCCCGCUCUCCCUGCCCCUCCCCCGCGGGCGGCGCGGGGCGGCCUCCGCACCGACCCCCCCCGGGCCCGGGCCUGGCCCCCGCGCGGAGCGGGCCGUGGGGCGCUGGCUCCUGGCCUGCAGCGGCGCCGUGGCGGGGGCCGUGGUGCUGGGCGGCGUCACCAGGCUGACGGAGUCGGGGCUCUCCAUAGUGGACUGGCACCUGGUGAAGGGCAUGAAGCCCCCGCGCUCGCCAGGCGAGUGGGAGGCCGAGUUCCGCAAGUACCAGCAGUUCCCAGAGUUUAAAAUCCUGAAUCGCCACAUGACGCUGGCGGAGUUCAAGUUCAUCUGGUACAUGGAGUACGCGCACCGCAUGUGGGGCCGGGUCGUGGGCCUGCUCUACGUCCUGCCUGCCGCUUACUUCUGGAAGAAGGGCUGGCUCAGCCGCCCCAUGAAGGGCACCGUCCUCGCGCUCUGCGGCCUCGUCUGCUUCCAGGGACUGCUAGGCUGGUACAUGGUGAAGAGCGGUUUGGAAGAGAAGCCGGAGUCCCACGACAUCCCCCGGGUCAGCCAGUACCGUCUAGCUGCGCACCUGGGCUCUGCGCUCGUUCUGUACGCAGCCAGCCUGUGGAGUGGGCUCUCCCUGCUGCUCUCGCGACACGAGUUACCUGAAACCCGUCAGUUGCUCCGCCUGAGACAUUUUGCUCACGGGACCACAGGCCUCAUCUUCCUCACCGCUCUCUCAGGUGCCUUUGUGGCAGGACUGGAUGCUGGCCUGGUUUACAACUCCUUCCCCAAAAUGGGGGACCGCUGGAUCCCAGACGAUCUCCUCUCUUUCUCCCCCAUGCUGAAGAAUGUCUUUGAGAAUCCCACAACUGUCCAGUUUGAUCACAGGAUACUGGGGAUUGCUUCGGUCACUGCCAUCACUGCCCUCUACCUCUUCUCUCGGAGGGUCGUCCUCCCACGCAGGACCAAGAUGGCCGUGGCCUCCUUACUGGCUGUGGCCUACAUGCAGGUGGGCCUGGGCAUCAGCACCCUGCUGCUGUAUGUCCCCACGCCUCUGGCGGCUACACACCAGUCGGGCUCGCUGGCACUGCUCAGCGUGGCGCUGUGGCUCAUGAGCGAACUCCGGCGUGUUCCAAAAUAGUCUGCGCUGGAGCAGCGGUUUCAGGCUCUGCAGGAUGCGGCUGUGCGCUCGGGGGCACCUUGCUCCUCUCCUGCCUGUGGGAGGCUCCGCCUGGCUGCGCACGGGGCAGGGAGGAGCGGCCGCCUCCAGGCCCAGGGGCUGUUGGCCCCGCUGUAAGGACGGGGCCCUGAACGCAGGCGCCCGGCACUUCUGUGCGUGCACUUUAUACCUACCAUAAAUGAAUCUAUCAAAGCACUCGUCUCUGGCUGCAGCGGUGGCGUGGGGCCGCGCGAGGACGUGGCGUGGGUCAGGUCAGCCGGCAGCUGUUCCGAGCGCGCUGAGCGGGGCCGAGCCGCAGGCCUACAGCAUGUCCCACAAGCGGGCAGCCCGCGGGAGCCGCCGGUUUCCAGCCGCCUGCGGGGCCGGGCCGCUCCCUGCGGCUGUGGCCGGGGCGGCGGGUGCGGCCCAGCGGCCAGGAGCAUCGCUGUGCCCGCCUCGGCUCUGAUUGGUCUGUGGCUGCGCCAGGUGGGGGGGCGGGCCAAUGGGGCGCUGCGGCGUCCGUGCGUUCCAUCCGCCGCGUCCGAACGUUCCAUCCGCCGCAGCCGUCGCCAUGACCGCGCACAGCUUCGCGCUGCCGCUCAUCCUCUUCUCGGCCUUCUGGGGCCUGGUGGGCGUCGCGGCGCCCUGGCUCGUGCCCAAGGGCCCCAACCGCGGGGUCGCCAUCACCAUGCUGGUCACCACGGCCGUCUGCUGCUACCUCUUCUCCCUGACCCCCGGACGCUGCCCCGAUCCUGCGCCCACCGGGACCUGGGCCCCCGGCCGGCCCGGCCGCACCAGCACCUGACGCUGCAGCCAGGGCAGGGGAAGAAAGGUCCGCGUGUCUGGUGACAGCUCGGCCCAGGCCCGCGUGGGGUGGGACCCCUGAGCUGGCCCUGGGGGCUGGGUCCCCUUGGCGGGGUGGAGCUCAGAGCGCCUGCCGCGGAGCCCAGCCCGGCAGGGGCCCCGCCUGCUCCCUCUCCCCUUCCAAGCAGCUUGUUAGCUCUGCCAUUCCCCUGGGCCUGGCUGGUGCCAAGGACUUACCCCCCUGGCCCAGUCCUCCCCUGCAUCACCCUCACAGCAGGGACCUGUGAUCAUGUCCAGCCUCCAAGUUCCAGUUGCACAAAGUCCCCCCUGAGCCAGGCCCGCUGCAGCUCUGGGGCCCUGUGCCGUGUGGGGGAGAACCAGGCCCCCGCCCCAGGGCUGCUCCUGGCUGGGGGGGGCACCUGUCCCCUGUGCCUGCCAGGGGCAGCCCUUUCCUGGGAGUCCCCCUGUCCCAGGACUGUGCCCGCCAGGGCCAGAAGGGACCCCCAUCCCCGUUCCAGGCUGCCCCGUGGUGGGAGUGGAGCCAUGGCCCCAUGCUCCGAGGGCUCUGCCCACCCAGCUCCUGCCCCUUUGGCUGCAUCCUGCCUUGGCAGCAAAACCGAGCGUCCCAAGCAGCGUUCUGUGACUCCCCCCCUCCUCUCUCCUAUUUAGCUUGCCCUUUAUUUAUUUAUUUAUUCGUCCAUGUUUGGUGGUCGUUUGUGCCGUGACAAUAAAGGUCUUUUCUAGGGAGCAA